UUUGCAAACAACCGUUGCGGAAAUUGGGAAAAACAGCAAUCAUCCUGAUCAUCGUCAAUCAAUGACAUUGUCUCCAAAGACGUUCCGCUAUACGCUUUCAGUACUAACUGGCUCAGCGGUAAAAGUGAAAGAAACUGAAUUAACUAAACAAACAAAGCAAAGCUUUCACUGCAUAAAAUGCAAACACCAUCAAGAAAGCAAGUACUCGUCGGAAGACCUCGCCUAGGGCCAGUCCGGCUUGUAAUGGUACUAAGCCAAUUUAAGUCCAUUCUGCGACCCUUUAAAUCCCAUUACUGAUAAUCAGAGCCGGAAUCGCGAUAAUGGGACAAAACCCCAACAGCUUUCACUUACUGUAAGUGCACUACAUGCCAUCCGUGUCGGAUCUUCGCUGCGUCUUCAGUACGCUUAGUACUUCCGAUGUUGGAAAGUUGUGCUCCACAUGUUCUUAGUAAGGAGGUGAGUGCUGUGCCGUGAACAUGGGACGCGGAGUGCUGGUGCUUGUGCUGGUGAUGGUACUAGAGCGCGCGAGGACGUUGCCCAACGAACGACAAGCCCAGGAACUGCUCCUGCUGGACGCGCUGGGACGAAGGGCCGGGGUGGGAUCCACGGAACAGAGCAGCCUGAUCGACAUGUUGGGAAGAAUGAUCCCGCAAUCCUGCCGCUUCCGUGGAAUCAAAUACGAAUGCGGUUUAUCCAUCAGCUGCGUCCUCGGCGGCGGUCGUCCCUUGGAUCUCUGCUCCGGAGGGAUGAUCUGGGCUUGUUGCAUAGACCGGGACGAGCACACACCUACUCACCAUCCUGACGUAGGUGUCCUCAAUAAUGCUAACACUUAUCAUCUAGUGGGAUAUUAUCCUCCGGAUCCUGACCACCCGGAUUCCAACAGUGUGGAUAGACCGCCUUAUAGACCCUACUACCACGACCCCGGGGAUGACCGACCGCCCCCUCAGGAAGAUGGCUACCAAACUGAGCCGCAAGUCAAGCCGCCAAAUGUCAGGGGUUGCGGUGAACUAUACACAAGGAGCAAUAGGAUUGUGGGAGGACAUUCUACGGGAUUCGGUUCGCAUCCUUGGCAAGUAGCCCUCAUCAAGACAGGAUUUCUCACAAAGAAACUCGCUUGUGGUGGAGCACUUCUCAAUGAAAGGUGGAUUAUCACAGCUGCACAUUGUGUUGCAACAACUGCAAAUGGAAACAUCCGAGUCAGACUAGGGGAAUGGGAUGUAAGGGAUCAGGACGAAAAAUUAGCACACGAAGAAUACUCCGUCGAGCGCAAAGAAGUACACCCAGCUUAUUCCCCGACGGAUUUCAAGAAUGAUGUGGCAUUAGUGAAAUUAGACCGAAAUGUUAGAUUUAAGCAACACAUAAUACCAGUUUGCCUACCUUCACCAACCCUGAAAUUGCCAGGCAAAAUGGCGACAGUGGCCGGCUGGGGUCGCACUCGACACGGCCAAGCAACAGUUCCUUCAGUUCUACAAGAAGUAGACGUCGAAGUAAUUACCAAUGAUCGAUGCCAAAGAUGGUUCCGAGCUGCUGGUAGAAGAGAAACUAUCCAUGAUGUGUUCUUGUGUGCAGGUUAUAAGGAGGGCGGAAGAGAUUCGUGUCAAGGGGAUUCCGGAGGACCUUUGACACUGACGGUAGAGGGUAGGAGAACUUUGAUUGGUUUAGUUUCCUGGGGCAUUGGCUGCGGAAGAGAACAUUUACCGGGGGUUUAUACCAAUAUACAAAAAUUUGUGCCUUGGAUUGAUAAAGUAAUGGGUUGAGUGACGAUGGAACAAGCAUGGUGCCAGCAUGUUGAAGAGUAGUAAAUUAUUCGUAAUGGGUUAAAUAAUGAGAGUGAUAGAAAAAUAACCAAAAUUAUUUAUUGUGUAUUAUAUUGAACCAAAACAGCUUAAUUAAGUAGAUUCAGAAGUGUUAAGUAUUAGGUAUUUAUUGAAUUUUGGCAAUAAUAGUCCCAUUACUGUUGAUGUACUUAUCCCCUGGGAUCGAUUGUGCAGUCUCGGCAGGGAUCGAAGAGAAUAGUGCUAAUAAGCUGUAAGUCUGUAUCAGAUUUUUAACUCUAGGUAAUUUACUUACUAAGUGUUAUUUUAUAAACUAUUUUUAUAAU